UUGUGUAAGCGACACAAUAAAUACAUGAAUCUUAUUAAAUUAAAAUUCAAUUUAUUACCUAAAAAGUAUUUUAUUAGUGGAAUAAAAAACAAGCUACAAUACUGAGUAAUUACUUUAUAGAACGUACUAUAAAAAGGAUUUGAGUCAGAAGAAUUGCUAGACAUUGAAUAAUUGUAUUUAGGAAGAAUAUAAGCAGCUGCCUAUGUAUCUAAAGUAAACUUCAUGGAAAACUCGGAAAAAGAAAACAAAAUAACUGAAACCCCAAUGGAAGAUAAAAACAAUGAGGAGCCUGAUUGGCCGCACAUACCGAAAUUUAAGAAACACAAAGGGAGACUUGUGUCAGAAAUGAGAGAACUAAUGUACGGGUAUGCUCAGCACCGUAGAAUGGAUAUAUACAAGAGGCUACUCCAGGUAGAGCUGUGCAGAAAUAUAGCACUGAUCCACGAGGAAAACGGUUACGACUGUAUGGAUGUUGAGAAUCGACCUAGGGGAUGUGCUGUCUUCAAACAUGCAUACAGGGAACGGUACCCUGCGGCGAAUGACCAUUUGAUAUUUCAGAAAAUCAACAGGACCAUCAGAGAUUCUAUGUGGCCUAAUAGACUUGGAUUUUCAUAUACUUUAAGGGACAUAUUGAGAUCAGUGAACCCAAACCAAAUGCAACAGUACAGGCAGAUCGACUACAGUGAUACAGUUUUUACACCCCAGCAAAUAAGGGACAUGGACACUGGACCUUUAUAAAAAACACAUAAAAAAAAUUCCAAUAAAAAAAAAUUGAAUUCAA